AUGGAUAUUUCUCCAUGGAAAAUGAAGUAUUGGGUGCCGGUGUGUGACAAUGCGAUCAAGCCAUUUGUUGGUCAGUGGUUUAGCAGGUUGGACGAUGGUAUUGAGUUCUAUAUCCGCUAUGCAUGUACUGUUGGGUUUAAUGUUCAUCGUGGCACGGAUUCAAAGAAUAGUUGUGGGGAGGUAUUGAGGAAGUAUUUAUUGUGUUCUCGGGGAGGAUUUAAGCAGCCUGCUAAGGAGUUGUGUCCGGGUGGUGACGUGGUUAAUAGCCCAUCAAUAUCAAAGAAGGGGCGUCGGGUUACGAAUAGGGUUGGUUGUAAUGCCAAGAUUAUUUUCAGGCUUAAGGGGGAUGGGAAUUAUUUUUUGUUCUAUUUGGAGGAACGACACACACAUUGUUUGUACACCGAGGCAUCCAAGCCAUUUAUGAGGGUUAAUCGCAAGUUGGAUCUCGGGCAUCAAAUAUUUGUCGCCAAUUGUGCGAAAGCAAAUAUUGGUCCUAUCAAAUCGUGGAAGCUUUACAGGCAAAUUGUUGGAGAUUAUACUGAUGUUGGGGCCACAAGUGUAGACUUUCAGAAUUUUAAGCGUGAUUUAAUGGCAUACAUUAGCGGCGGCGAUGCACAAUUGAUUGUUGAGAAGUUCCUUCAUAAAAAGGAGUUAUGCUCAUCAUUUUUCUUUGACUAUGUUGGUCCCAAAAGAGACUAUGAUGUGGAUGAGUAUGAUCAGUUUUUACGUGUGUUUUGGGUAGACCCAGUAGCACGACGGAAUUUUGCAUGCUUUGGUGAUGUGGUUUCUUUUGAUGCAACGUAUCGGACGAACUGGUAUAAGCUUGUGUUUGUCCCAUUUACGGGCAUUGAUAAUCACAAGAAAUCAGUUACGUUUGCCGCAGGGUUGAUUGCAAAGGAAGAUGUUGGGUCCUAUGUCUGGUUGCUCGAUAAUUUCAAGCGAGCUAUAGGCCACGAGCCAACAUACAUUAUCACCGAUCAAGAUCCAGCCAUGCGGGGGGCUGUCCCCACGGUGUUCAAUUCUUCACAUCAUCGCUUUUGCAUGUGGCAUAUCAUGACAAAGUUCGGUGACAAGGUGGGUCCAGUGCUUGCUAAGGAUCAGUCGUUUCGGCGUGCUCUUAAUGAUGUUGUUUGGGACGAGUCUAUAACAAUCGAGGAGUUUGAAUCUAAAUGGCUUGGUGUUAUGGAGGUCUAUGAUCUCAGUGAGUAUAGGUGGUUCCGCCAGAUGUUUGAUUUACGUGCAUUUUGGAUUUCAACUUUUUUUCGAGACUUGCCUAUGGGUGGUUUGUUGCGAACGCCUUCCCGGUCGGAAUCGCAGAAUACUUCAUUUGGAGGUUGCACUAACUGUCAUGCGAGCUUAGUGGAGUUUGUCAUUCAUUUUGAAGGUGCUAUUGAUAGCCAAAGGCAUAAGCAGGCUAAGCUCAAUGCGGCGUGUGAGGGCCAUUUGCCAGUGGUGAAGACGCCUUUGGCAAUUGAGCAGUAUGCAGCUGCUACAGAGAUUGUGGCUGGGUGUUUUGAUUGUUCUGUUCUGUCUUCCAUUGUUGAUGGUGUCUUGAAACGUGUUGGAGUUGAGGAUGCAUAUGGUAAUGUGUAUGUUGUUGUAUAUAACCCAACCGAAACUACAGCAGAUUGUUUCUAUCGGAUGUUCCAGCAUGUGGGCUUGUUGUGUCGGCAUAUAUUUCUUGUCUUUAAGGAUGCUCGUUUGGACUCUAUUCCACCUUGCUACUUGGUUUCUCGGUGGACACACGAGGCCUACAAGCGUCAAAUUUAUGAUAUAGAAGGGGUUCAUGAUGAUGUUGUUGUAGGUGUGGCCAAUAGUAGGGAGUUGAAACUGUCAUUUGUCAAUGCCGACACUAGUAUUGGUACGUCCAUUUGUAAGUCUAGUGUUGUUCGGGCGUUUGGUGGUAUGAUCACGUCUCCUGAUAUUCUUGUCCACCCACCAACUGUUGCUAAGAAUAAGGGUUCUGGGAAGCGGUACAAAUCGACUAAGGAUCUUGCUGCAGAGAGAGCUGCAAAGUCUACACGAGAGUGCAAGAGUUGUUACUAG